AUAUAUAUAUAUAUUAAUUAUAGAUUUUUUUGUCUUAGACAAAUUACAUUAAAUUUAAAAAAUUCAAUUUGUUAAUUGACCUAAUUAACCAAAAUUUUAAAUAAUUUUUUUGUCAUUUAACUAUAAAAAGUAUUGAUUAGUAGUGCUUUAGUUUUGUAUUUGUUAAAUCAAAGUUAUAAUUUAUUUUGAUAAAAUAUAUACUUACAAAAAUAUGAUAUAUAUAUAUAUAUAUAUAAAAGUUGAUGUAGUAUUUUUAUAUUUCUGAUAAAUAUUUAAUUUUUUGAUUAGUGUGCAUAUAUAUAUAUAUAUACUUUUUUACUUUGUUCAUGCUAUAUGAGUUAUUAAUUUUUAUCUUAUUUGAAAAAUGAAUGUUUUUAUUGAAAAUUUACUUCAGCGUUGAUGUAUGGAGUAUUAUUCAUUGCUUUAUUUGUAUAGAAAGUAUAUUUUAAAGGUGAUAUAGAAAUUAUUAGUCAUUACUUUAUUUAAAAAAUCUUGCCAAAAAAUAUAAAUUGUUAUAAAAUAAAUUAUACUUGUCAUAAUUAAGUUUUACGUCAAAUAAACUAAACGUGUGUAAGGGAAAUGAAUUUUUUAAAUAUAUAUAUAUAUAUAUAUAUAUAUAAUACGAUAUGUAAAUCAAUGUAAAAACUAUAAUAUAAUUAUAUUAUUUAUAGUUUAUUUUCAUUAAUGUGGUUUAUAUAUAUUAUUUUAUUAUUAAAUUAAUAUAUGAGUUAUUAUUUUUUCUGGGUAAAAAAUUUGAGUUAUUAGUUAUUAAUAUAUUUCAUUAUAUUUGACAGUGAUAAAAAAAUUUGAGUUGUUUUUAGUAAUUGUAUAAGAGUUACUAUUAAUUACCAUAUUAAAAAAAUCUUGCAAAAAAUAUAAACUUUUUAAAAUAAAUAUUACAUGUCAUAACUAGGUUGAUGUCUUGUCACUUUUCUCGAAGACCAUGUUAUUUUUUUUUUAAUGAUUGUGGUGAUAUGUAUUUGCAAAUCACUUUGAAAAUAAUGUCUAAAAAAUAAUGAGAUAAUUUCUUAUGAUUUCUCCAAUAAUCAUCACUUAAACAAAAAUCACUUAAGUAGUUAAGUGACUUUUCUUUUAAUAUAUAAAAAAGUCACUUAACUAUAAAAAUAUAAAAGUACUAUCUAAAUAAUAUAUUAAAUAUAAAAUAAAGAAAUAUUCUAGAAUAGCCUAUGAAUGUUUUUAUCAAAAAUAAACACACAGAGAUAAAAAUGACCAAAAUAUGUUUCAUUACGGAGGUAAGAGAUAUUUAUAUCCAUAGGAUUAACUUAUACAAAAUUUAGAUAUGGGAAUGGGGUUUAGGAUUUUUGUAAAAACAUUAUAAUUAUAUUUAAAAUUUAGAUAUUUACAAAAAGGAAUUUUUCGUAUUUCAAAAUAAAAUUUCGAAAAAUUGAAAAAGUUUGAAAUUGAAUAACUUUUCGAAAACAUUUUCUAAUUUUUAAAUUUUAAAUUAUUUAUUAAAUAUUUAUUUAUACUCUUAUAUCUUCUAUAAGGGUAUAUAUAUCAUUCACUUUAUUAAUCAAACAUCUUUUGGUCAUUUUUCUCUUUAUAUGUUCUUUUGAUCAAAAAAAUAUUUUUAUAAUCUUUUGAAAGAUUUACCCUAUAAAAUAUUAUAAUUAUACUAUUGGCUUUCUAGAAACAUGCUAACCUUAGCCCAUUUUUUUUGUCAUCCCUUAGCCCAAUUAUGUGCUAGCUUUAGUAAAUAUGAUUAUCUGAGGUAAGUGGAAAUUUUGAGAAAUAAAAUUUCUUGGAAUAUGAAUGUAAAUAUAGUUUAUAUUAAAAUGGCAUCUGAUUAAAAAAAAAAUAAGAUUGUGGUCUAUAUAUUUGUAAAUUAUUAUGAAAAUCAAUUUUGUAUACAAAUAUUAGCAUCUUAAGAAAAUUUAGAAAAGAUAGGAUAGUUAAAAAAAUCUAAACAAUUAAUUAAUCACUGAUAUUAUAUUUUCUGAAAUAUUAGAAUUCAUAUGGUUUAAUUUUUUUUAUUUGGAUAAAACAGAUAAUCAAAUUUAUUUAAUUAUGUUAAACUUUUAUCUUCAAAACAUAUAAUAUACUAUUUAUCAAAUAAUUUAAAUAUAUUGUUCAGAAUAAUGACUUAAACUUAUUAAUAUUAUUUUAUUGUAUAACUAAAUAUAUUAUUAUGUAAGACAUAAUUUAUUAUUGUAUCAAAUAAUUUCAUGUAUUAAUAUUGCAUAUAAUGGUAUAAUUAGAUGUGAUUUAAAAUAUGAUAUAUAUUUUAUGCAUGUAUUAGUUUGGUAACAUAUUCUAUGCAUGUAUUAGUUUGCAUACAACAAACAUAUUCUAUACAACAAACAAUCAUAACCUUUUCAUUUAUAUAAAAUAUGCACUAGUAAAACAACACAUUUCGAGGGUUUAAAGAAAAGGAAACAAAGGACUUUGAUUAGUUGGUGCUGUAGCCUGUAGUUGUAUAUUUUUUUGUUCAAAAUUUAGUUUGCAUAUAUUUUGGCUGUGAUUUUAAUUUUUUUUUCAGUGAUUUUUUUUCAAGCUAUCUUAAGGCAUUAAAUAAAAAAUUAGAAAAAUUGAUUAGAGUUAACAUAUUUUCCUUUCUAAUUUUUGGACUUUAGAUUUUUUUUUUUAAAACUAAAAGCAUGAUUGAUUUAUAAAAAAGGCUUUAGAAAGAAGAAAUGGCUGUCUACAAUUUAUAGCUCUUUCUAAUCAACCUCAAAAGCAUGAAAAAUAUACCACAAAGGAAUAAAUACCAAAAAAGGAAUGAAAAUGAAACAAAAGUAUUUUGGACAACACUAAUGAAAUUAAUUUAGGAAAAAGUAAACAAAAUGCCAUUGGGAGGAGUCGAGGAUGCGCAUGUUAACGUACAAGUCGUACGUUAAACCCUGUCUUGGCCCUUCUCUAGCAAAAAAAAAUUUUUUUAUCAACCUAGAUAAAAAUAGACAGAAUAAACAAGAAAAAACCGCCAUAGCAACGAUGAAGCAGAGCUCAUCGGAGGCGGUGUCUUCGUCGUCAUCAACCAUCUACCUAUCCCACCCCUCCGUCCCUUCUUCAUCAUCGAAGCCUCUCUGCUCGUCCUCGAUCUCCCCGGCCGAAGACCACCACCUCGGAUCAUCUCGAGACGGGAGCGGAGGCGCUCAAGAGAUCGUAGCCGUCGAUCGCCGAGGAGAGUACACAGCCGUGUGCCGAUGGACGGUCGAAAACUUCACGCGCGUCAAAGCCAAGGCACUGUGGAGCAAGUACUUCGAUGUGGGAGGCUACGAUUGCCGCCUCCUCGUUUACCCUAGAGGCGACUCCCAGGCUCUCCCUGGCUACAUCAGCAUCUAUCUCCAGAUCAUGGACCCUCGCGGCGCGUCGUCGUCGCGCUGGGACUGUUUCGCUAGCUACCGUCUCUCGAUCGUCAACCAAGUGGAGGAGUCCCUCACUAUACAUAAGGACUCUUGGCAUAGGUUCUCUAGCAAGAAGAAAUCGCACGGAUGGUGCGAUUUCACGCUUAAUGGGAGUGUGUUGGAUCGGAAUAAGGGGUUUUUGUUUAAUGAUGAUUCGUUGCUUAUAACUGCUGAUAUCUUGAUUCUCAAUGAGUCAGUUAGCUCUAACAGCGAUUCGGGAUUACUGUACAAGGAGAAUUCUUUAGCUGGAGGACCAAUGCCGGAUGUUUUGAGUGGGAGGUUCACUUGGAGAGUAAAUAACUUUACCUUGUUUAAGGAAAUGAUAAAGACGCAGAAGAUAAUGAGCCCUGUGUUCCCAGCUGGGGAGUGUAAUUUAAGGAUUAGUGUGUACCAGAGUGUGGUUAACUCGCAGGAGUAUAUAUCGAUGUGUUUGGAGAGUAAGGAGACCGAGAAGACUAUGGUAUCGGAUAGGAGCUGUUGGUGUUUGUUUAGGAUGUCGGCUUUGAAUCAGAAGCCUGGGUGCGCCCACGUGCACAGAGAUUCGUAUGGGAGGUUUGCUGCUGAUAAUAAGAGCGGUGAUAACACGAGCUUGGGGUGGAACGAUUACAUGAAGAUGUCUGACUUUGUGAAUCCUGAAUCAGGUUUUUUAGUUAAUGACACUGCUGUCUUUAGCACCGCGUUUCAUGUUAUUAAAGAGUUCAGUAGCUUUGCUAAGAAUGGAGGGUUGGUUGCGGGGAGAAACGGGAGUGGAGCUAGGAAAUCAGAUGCGCACAUGGGUAAAUUCACUUGGAGGAUUGAAAAUUUCACGAGGUUGAAGGAUCUUCUCAAGAAGCGGAAGGUAACAGGUCUUUGCAUCAAAAGUAAAAGGUUUCAAAUUGGGAACAGGGACUGUCGACUUAUUGUUUAUCCCCGAGGGCAGUCCCAGCCACCAUGCCAUCUUUCAGUAUUUCUUGAAGUGACAGAUUCACGAAGUUCUAGUGAUUGGAGCUGUUUUGUUAGCCACAGACUGUCAGUUGUGAACCAGAGACUGGAGGAGAAGUCGGUGACAAAGGAAUCUCAGAAUCGCUACUCGAAAGCUGCAAAGGAUUGGGGUUGGCGUGAGUUUGUGACACUUACGAGUUUGUUUGAUCAGGACUCUGGAUUUCUCGUUCAAGACACUGUUGUGUUCUCCGCAGAGGUUCUGAUCUUGAAAGAGACAUCUGUAACAAAAGACUAUGUGGAGGCAGAAUCAGCUUCACAGAUUGAUAACAGCGUAAAAAGAAGUUCAUUUACGUGGAAAGUGGAGAAUUUUCUGGCCUUUAAGGAAAUAAUGGAAACAAGAAAGAUCUUUAGCAAGUUCUUUCAGGCUGGUGGUUGUGAACUCCGGAUUGGUGUCUACGAGUCGUUUGACACCAUAUGCAUAUAUUUAGAGAGUGAUCAAUCUACGGGUACAGAUGUGGACAAUAACUUCUGGGUCAAGUACAGGAUGGGUAUUUUAAACCAAAAGAAUCCUGCGAAAAGUGUGUGGAAGGAGUCAUCUAUAUGCACCAAGACAUGGAAUAACUCCGUCCUACAGUUUAUGAAGGUGUCUGACAUGCUUGAGGCUGAUGCUGGGUUUCUCGCGCGUGACACUGUUGUUUUUGUAUGUGAAAUAUUGGAUUGUUGUCCUUGGUUCGAGUUUUCAGAUUUGGAGGUCUUGGCGUCAGAUGAUGACCAAGAUGCCUUAACCACUGAUCCUGAUGACAUUAUUGAUUCUGAAGAAAGUGAGGGCAUAAGCGGAGAUGAGGAAGACACAUUCCGAGAUUUUCUUUCCCAAGCUGGAUUCCAUCUCACGUUUGGGGAAAAUCCUUCUCAACCACAGGUGACACUUCGAGAGAAGCUUAUAAUGGAUGCAGGUGCAAUUGCUGGGUUUCUUACUGGCUUACGUGUUUAUCUUGACGAUCCUACUAAAGUAAAGCGUUUACUUCUUCCCACCAAAAUGUCUUGUGAUGAUAGAAGCAAGCUAACGAAGAGUGAUGAAUCUUCACCCAGCCUGAUGAAUUUGCUGAUGGGUGUUAAAGUUCUACAGCAAGCAAUUCUCGAUUUACUUCUAGAUAUAAUGGUUGAGUGUUGCCAACCUUCGGAGGAAGGGUCUUAUUCUGAGCCUUCUUUGCUGGAUGCAAAGACAGAUGGCUGCGUGGCUUCAACUUCAUUGGAGGCAACUAGGGAAAAUGGAGUAGCAGAAGCUUCACAACAUCUUGUUGACGAGAGAUUUCAAUCUGAUGCAGAUGCUACUACCCUCAGUACCUCAGCUGUACAAAGCUCUGAGAUGAAUGGGAUCGAUAUGCUUGAGAAAGCCCUUGCAAUAGAGCCUGUUUCUCCCCCUGAAACAUAUGCGGAGCAGUCUUCUGAUACUUCAGUUCAAUCAAAGACAAAGUGGCCAGAACAAUCUGAGGAGCUAUUAGGACUGAUUGUUAACUCACUGAAAACUCUUGAUUCGGCUGUUCCACAAGGUUGUCAAGAGCCUAGACGACGACCACAUUCUGCUCAAAAGAUUGCUCUUGUUUUAGACAGAGCGCCUAAACAUUUGCAACCAGAUUUAGUUAGUCUGGUUCCUAAAUUGGUUGAGCAUUCGGAACACCCACUAGCUGCUUAUGCACUUAUUGAACGGCUUCAAAAGCCCGAAGCUGAACCAGCAUUGCGUGAACCAGUAUACAAUGCUCUUAGCCAGUUAGAUUGUGACACUGAAGUAUGGGAGCAAAUUCUAUUUCGGUCAGUUGAGCUUCUGAAUGACUCGGAUGAGGAAAGUCUUGUGGCGGCCAUUCAUUUCAUAUUUAAAACUGCCUCACAGUGCCAACACCUACCUGGAGCCGUAAGGUCAGUCCGAGAGCGGCUUAAAAGUCUGGGUGCUGAUGUAUCUGUUUGCGUCCUUGAAUAUCUGAGCAAAACUGUACACAAUUGGCCUGAGAUUGCCGAAAUGAUACUUAGGGACUUCAACUGUGACGACAGUCUAGAUGGCAAUUUUGGGACAUUACCUUUUGGCCCUUUUCUGAUUGGUGAAAACGAUUCCAUCUCCGAAAUGGAAGAUCUGAUGGAUAAGCAUGAAUUCUAUGCAAACAGACAGUUUUUUGAUGUCUACAUAUUGCUGGAAAUGUUGUCCAUAUCGUCCCUAGCUGUGGAGGCAUCUCAAACGUUCGAAAGAGCUGUUACUCGUGGAGCCAUUGUUGUUCAGUGCGUUGCCAUGGUCCUUGAAAAACGACGUGCACAAGGGGCAAACCUGAGUGUUACGAAUGGGGAUCCUGUAUUGGAGGGAGAAGUCAGUGAGCAAGAAGCCGCUGGAGAGAUUGAGUUCAGGGCACUCCUUAGUCUUGCGGAGACAUUAGCUCAUUCCAAAGAUCCUCAAGUGAGGGGAUUUGUGAAAAGGCUAUACGCAGUAUUAUUCAAAUGGUUUCCUGAUCAGCCAUUUAGGGUUCAAAUACUGAGGAGACUUGUAGAUAGAUUUACCAGCCCUGCGAGUAGCGACGGAGAGUUAGACUUAGAGCUGCGGAUUCUUGAUAUUCUGAUUUUUCAGGAGCGAGAGGUUGCGAGACCUAUUUUAGCCAUGUUGAAAAAGGUAGUAGAACACGCUAACAUUGACAGGGCCGCUCUGUGGCACCAACUGCGUACAAACAAGGAAGAGCUUGUUAGAUUGAAGGAAGAAAAGAAGACAGAGAUUCAAACUCUGACAAAGGAGAAAUCUGGCAUCACGAAAAAAUUGAGUGAAUCUGAGGCUGCAAAGACCCGUCUUAAGUGUGAAAUGAAAGCUGAGACGGACCGGUUUGGUCGGGAAAAGAAGGAACUGGUAGAACAGUUUCGGGAUGUGGAGAGUCAGCUGGAGUGGGUUCGGUCAGAACGUCAAGAUGAGAUAGAUAAACUCUCUUCUGAGAAGAAAACUCUUCUGGAUCGCCUUCACGAGGCAGAGACACAACUUUCUUUGCUAAAGACACGAAAGCGUGAUGAACUUAAGACAGGGAAAGAGAAAACUGCUCUAACGGAGAAGCUAAAGGUAACAGAGGCAGCCCGGAAAAGAUUUGAAGAAGAGCUGAAACGGUAUGCAACAGAGAAUGCAACUCGGGAAGAAGUCCGCAAGUCACUUGAGGAUGAAAUUAGGCGACUGACACAAACACUAGGGCAAACAAAAGAAGAGAAACGAGAGAAAGAAAAUCAGAUUGCUCGCUGUGAAGCUUACAUUGAUGGAAUGGAAUCCAAACUCCAAGCUUGCCAGCAAUACAUCAACACACUAGAAUCCUCACUUAGAGAAGAGAUUUCAAGACAUGCGCCUCUAUACGGUGCCAAUUUAGACUCUCUAUCGAUGAAGGAAGUGGACACAAUAGCUCGGAUCCAUGAGGAAGGGUUGAGACAGAUCCAUGCCCAUCAACAACGAAAAGGAAAUGGUUUAUCACAUGGUCUUUCUCACGGCCACACACUUUACCCGAGUACACCACCUCAGCUACUUCCUAAUGGCUCAGGGGUUCACACAAACGGACAUGUCAACGGUUCUGUCAGGCCUUGGUUUAGCCACCACACCUAAAAGAAUACAUCAUUUUUCAUAGGAAGACUACAACAAGAGAAUGGCCUCUCCAUUUUGUUUUUGAGAGGUAAAUCAAUCAAUCAAUCAACACCAUCAGUGUUUAAUUUUCCAUAUAUAUUUAAUUUUGUCUGAGAUAUUCGGUGGGGCUUUUUCGGCUGCUACAACCAUUGGGUGAAGCAAAGUAGAAGAUGAAUAAAAAAAAUAUAGAGGGAUAUACAGAUGCGCAAAUAUGUUUGUGAAAGAAAGAUGUUGUAAAAGUACGCCAAUGGUACUAACAGUUGCAAGAGUCUCUUAUGCUUCUUCUGUUUGUCUGUUCUCUCAUAUUUAGGGUCGUGGAUCUAACGGUUAGAUUCUAACCCCCCAAGUUGGUAUAAGAUGUAACUUUGGAAAACAAGAUUGGGUUAGAUAAUUUCUUGUCCU